AUGCACGUAUGUAAUGUAAUUGCCCCAGGUAACGGAGAGGAGCUCUUCGAGUCAAUGAUGUCUGUACAAAGAGAAUUAUUUGAUGGCGCAGUCCCCGAUGAUCUUGUGGUACUCAUGACUGCUUAUAAGAACGCAAAGACCAGGAAUUUAAAGAAACAGAUUCUGAGCCUUUACGCUCAAAGAUACCCUAUGACCAAACUGAAGAAAAUUCACCAACCUUACGGAAGUCUCUCUACAUGGGAAAUAAAGCAAGCACGUUCUCAUGCUAAAAUGCACGGUCCUGGGACCAUCCCUGAAAUCAAGACGAAGCAUCGCGUACGCCUUGAUAUGAGGAAGGUCGACCACUUUGUAGAGUUCAUUAAUAGACCGUACUUUUAUCAGGAUGUUUCAUAUGGUAACAAGGUACUCACCCUAGAUAAUGGUGACAGAAUUGAGAUGCCUAACGUUGUAAGGAUCCUGACCAGGUCUACAAUGAUUGAGCAAUACUUGGAGUAUUGCAAAGAGCAAUGUCACGAGCCACUUAGUAGGUCUUCUCUGUUUAAAAUAUUGGAGGUUCGAGAAGCGUCUCAGCGUAAAUCGCUCCAGGGAUUGGACAAUACGGCUGCAGAUGGUGCUGCGGGCGUUCAGACUAUUGAGACGCUGGUUGAAACUCUUGAGAAGGGAGGAAUGGAGAAACAGUGGUGUUUACGUAUUUGCCAAAACCUACGCGAUGCUAAACGCUAUCUCAAAACUGACUACCGUGUACACUGUCAACAGCAUUACUCUACUUGUGCUGACCACUGUAGAAAGUUUGCGCUUAGUGAUCCUGUUGAUCCCGAGCUCCAGCAUCCUUGUCCGCAUCAGCAUCAAUCGACUUGCGAGCAAUGCCAAGGGCUGAAGGAUGUUCUAAAGGAAGUGAGACUAGCGAUUGAAGGGUCGUCAUGGAAGCCUUACAGUUGCGAACAACGAGAAGAUGUCCUUUACGACUUUGACCGUGCACAGUCAGACAUCUUGCUGUGGAAAGCGCACAUUGUACGCUCAAUAAAUCAGGAGGAGGCGAAACAAGAUGCACUGAAAUCAGAACAUAACAUAACAUAAACAUAACAUAAAACUUUAUUUAAACUCGAAUUUUAGGGUAGCUAACAAGCUAAUAUCUUCGAGCUGACACUACAUAAAAACUAUAUAGAAAAUAUAUAUAUACAUUAAAUGCAAAGAAAGAAAAUAUCAUUUACAAUUCACAAUUUUAAGUUUAAGUAUGUCAGGCAAAAAGAAUCUACAUGAAGGUAACAUCCUGUAUUUUAGUCUUAAAGUCUGCAAAAAAACUGGUACGAAAAAAGUCCGGCAGUGCAUUCCACUGCUUAGCUGAAAAGUAAGAAAAGGAGUUAAGACCAUAGGUAGUUGUUUUAGGUUUACUUAGUGAAAGAAUGUAGUUGCCACGAAGAUCAUAGGUAGAGGACCGGAGUGAAAACAUAUUCUUCAUAUAAGUAGGAAAAUGAGUGAAAAACAAACUCUUAUAUAACAGAAUGAGGAAAUUUUGAAUGCGUUUGUUAAACAAAGAAGUAGAGCUGACUUUUGAGAGAAGAGUGUUGUAUGGAGACGAGUAAUCUCCAAGUAUAAAUCUAAGUAUUCUUUUAUUUAAAGCUUCGAGCUUAUCUGCAUCGCGCGCUCCACAAAAGUGCCAGACAGAGGAGCAAUAAUAAAAAAGUGAGGUAAAAUAUACGCUUUGUAAAGUUUGAAUAAGAUUUCCUUGCGUAUGAGUUUUCUAAAGCGCAACAUAACAUUAAAUUGAUUAUUAAUCUUUUUGCAUACAUUUGAUAUAUGUUUAGAAAAAUUCAGAUUAUUAUCUAUUUCCAUUCCAAAAAUCUCUAACGUGUCCUUUACUGGGAAGGAAAAACCAUACUCCGUAUCACCGAGGAUUAGACACUGGUGCUUGCUCUCAUGAACUAACAUCCCAUUUUCAUGGUACCACUGAUUGGCCACGCCAACAUCAUGAGAUACGCAUGCAUCCAGAGCUGCCGGAUCGACGUGGGAGUAGUAUACCUGAUGAUCAUCCGCAUAAGCGUUCAACUUGGCCUUCUUGACGUGGAAGAAAAGAUCGUUUAUGAAAAUGUUGAAUAGCAUGGGACCUAACACACUCCCCUGCGGGACCCCACGCUUGACGCUUUCCCAGGUCGAAAAGGUGUCUCCAACUUUAACUCUCUGAGUUCUGCUAGAGAGAUAGUUCCUAAUUAGGGCACAACUUUUGUCGUCCAUACCAUAGGCCCUCAGUUUCGAAAGGAGGAGUGGAUACUGAAUAACAUCAAACGCUUUGAAGAGAUCCAUAGAAACUACCGCAACAAGCUCCCCCCUGUCACGCAUCAUUCUCCAGUCCUCGGUCAACCUUAGCAAAGAGGUCUCGCAACUAUAAAACUUUCUAUAAGCGCUUAUGAAGUCUGAUAAGACCCCAUUGUAAAAUUCAUACAUCUGCCCCGAUAGAAGCCUUUCAAAAAUAUUGUUUAGAGCAGGGAGCACAGUUACGGGCCUAUAGUUGAUCUUACAAAACUCGUCGUCUUUUUUGUACAGAGGAGUAACCAUGCCCAUCUUCCAGCUAGCAGGAUAACAGCAAUGUUCAAUGCAACAGUUUAUUAUACUUGUUAUAGGCCGCGCAAUAACAGCUGCCGCUUCUUUAAUCAACUUUGGUGGUUAAAGAAGCGGCAGAAGACCCACAGUCAGCCAUUCUGAUCAUGGACUGGGCCAUGAAGUUCCUCCAAAUAAAAUUUCGUGAGAAACAGUCUGAAUGGUUCGGCAAACGGGGGCUCAGCUGGCAUAUUUCCACCUUUAUAACUAAGAAUGUUGACUCUGGAAAAAUUGAGCUGCAAUCGUAUGCUCAUAUCUUCGACUCUUGCCAGCAAGACUGGUACGCAGUAUGCUCGAUCAUCGAAAACACACUUGAGGUUGUAAAGAAAGAACAUCCCCAGAUUACCCAAGUGAACCUAAGGAGUGACGAAGCAGGCUGUUACCACAAUAACUUUCUCUUAGCCGCCGUUAGAGAUGCCGGAAGACGAGUAGGCAUUGAAGUAGCACUGUAUGACUUUUCCGAGCCGCAGUAUGGAAAAGAUAUCUGUGAUAGAAUCCUUUGUCCAAUGAAAUCAUCCAUCCGACGAUAUUGCAAUGAAGGACACGAUGUCGUUUCUGCGAAAGACAUGCGUGUAGCGCUUUCAGAAUGUCCUGUUCAAGGUACAACUGCCUCCGUGUGCGCAAUGAAUGAGACUCAAAAGACACUCGAACUACAUAAGAUAGAAGGUUUCAGCAAGUAUCACAAUUUCAAGUUUGAAGUGAAAGGAAUUAGAGCAUGGAAAGCUUAUGGUGUUGGACUAGGCAAGUUUAUUCCUUACCGAGAGGUCAUAACUGAACCUCAAGGUCCUACUGGUCUCAUUGUGCAUGAAAACUUCUUUCCUCUCAAAGAAGCUCGAGUGUAUAAGAGAGAGACAAACAGUGAAAAUGAACAAUGCAACGGUCUUUUCUCUUGUUCUGAGCCCGGGUGCAACAUGGUUUUCAAGAAAUUCAGUGAACUCGAAAAUCACCUUGAUGUUGGUGAGCACAGCCAAGUUCGCGGAAACUCUGAUACGGUGUAUGACAAGCUCAGAAGAGACUGGGCGGAGAAAUUUCGUACUGUUGAUAAGGACGAAGAAAUCAGAAGCGUGCCUGAAGCAGUUGUAGAGGAGCAUCACGAAAAGAAUAAAACUGGCCGCUUUCCCGAGUGCAGUGACUUGCAGACUGGAUGGGUUCUACACAAGCCCCGAAACGAAGCUGUGCGUUUUCCUACCGAGGUUAAACAGAACCUAACAACGAAAUUUGAUCUUGGAGAAAGAACUGGCAUCAAGUCAGAUCCCGCAAAAGUGGCAGCAGAUGUGCGAACUGCAAGAAACCCAGACAGUUCUCGGAUGUUUGAGAGGAAACAUUGGCUCACAAAGGGUCAAGUACAGGGAUUUUUUUCGAGGCUAGCGGCCUCGCGAAGAAGCAAAGCACAUCGGGAAGCGCUCAAUGAAGACGUAGAGGCGGAACAGGAAGAGCAGGAAAGACGAGCCACCCUGGAAGAGGUAGCCACCCACCUUGGUCCUAAGCAUCCGAUCUGCUAUGAUUCAUAUUGUUUAUGUGACCUUUCACACGAGAAGAAACUUGAAAGAUUUAGCGUUGCUAUGCUCAAGGACAUGUUGAAGUACUUUGAAAUUCCUUUUAGUUCUCGCGAUAGAAAAAAAAUUCUUGUAGGGAACCUAUCGGAAUUUCUUGAAGGCUGUGACUGUAACCAGUCACGUUAA